CACUGUUCAGAGGCCCAAGGAAAGGGCACCAGGAGAUGGUCAGAGGUGGUCAGAGCCUAGGAGCAGAGGUCCAAUAGAAGGUAGCCUUACAGCAGAGGCACCAAGAUGGGGCCCUGAGGAAGGAGCACCAAGAGAGUGCAGGGCAUGAAGGGUGGCAACAAUCUAGAUUGAGAGCCCUGCAGUAGGAAUGCCUGGUGAGAACUUUCAGUCUUGGGUGAAUCACUCCGAGUGAUGCUCAGAGUCGUGAGUGAGGAGAAUCCUUCUCCAGAGCUUGAAGCCUGAAGGAAGGAGGGUUCAACGAUCUGUUGAAAAUGAUGCUCCCCUUCUUCUUGUCAAUUCUCAUGGGUCUCCCAUGGGUGGAUACCUCUAUCAACAAUACCAGUGGAUUCGACAACACUACUAGUGGCUUGGACAGUGACAUUGAGCCUAGAUGGACUCCUGAGCAAACAUGCCAUCAGUGCUACGUACGUAACACCUUCUCUUGUCCAAAACUCCGUGAGUGUCCCCAUGAUCUCAGACGCUGUAUGACAGUCUCCUUUCGUGUGAACGUUCGGGUGCUCUAUGUUCUCAAGGACUGCACCAGUGACUGCACAUUUAUUUAUAGAGAACACGUGCCUCCAGAACUCCCUAGGGUGCUUAAAGAUGUCAAGAACUUCUACUUUGUCUUGUGCUGUGCAGAUGCAACUUGCAAUUCGGGAGGCCCCAAUAAUUUAGAGAGGGACUUGUCGGAUGAAACUUCCAUGGAGGAAGAGGUAGUUGCUAGAGCUGUGAGUCUGGGGUGGGUCAACCUUCUCCUGUGUCUUGCCUUGAUCCUCUCCAGCAUCAUACUGACCUGACAACCCCCCUUUGGGUGUACUCAUCUUCCCACAGUUGAAAGCACCUUUGUACUUUGUUGCUUCCUUGUGAAGCAGAGACAGUGUCCAGAACACCUUUUGGGCCCAUUCAUCAUUUCUUGUAGUAAAGAAAUAAAGGCAUCGUUUGUC